CGAGCGGGCGGGUGGGAGAAAGAGGGAGAGAGAGAAAAGGGAAAGAGACGGAGCUAGCUCGGCGCGCGGUUGGAAGGACUCGGAGGAGAGUCUUCGGUGGUCUUCGGGCGGCACGAGAGAGUCGAAGCUGGUCGGAGAGCCUUAGGAGCGAUCGGCAGUAAUGCGCCGCGACGUGGUAGGGCCCCUGGGUAGCUAGUUCGGAGCUCGCGCGAACGUCUCGGGCCGCCAGUCCGUCGACCGGGAGACGGAGACGGAGAGAGCGGGAGAGAGAGGAGCGCGAAGAUGACCAUAAUAGUCUUUCUGAUCGACACGUCGGCCUCCAUGAAUCAGAGGACUUACUUGGGCGCGCGCCCUACGCUUUUGGACGUAGCCAAGAGCGCCGUGGAGAACUUCGUCAAGGUGCGCCAACGCUCGCCGGAGAGCCGGGGGGACCGCUACAUGCUGCUGACCUUCGAAGAUCCACCCCAGAACAUCAAGGCCGGGUGGAAAGAAAAUUUGGCUACGUUCAUGAACGAGCUGAAAAACUUGCAGUGCGUCGGGUUGACAACUUUAGGAGCUGCUCUGAAACAUGCGUUGGAUGUAUUGAAUAUAAAUCGAAUGCAGACAGGUAUCGACACGUACGGACAAGGCAGAUGUCCAUUUUUCCUGGAACCCUCGGUUAUCGUCGUCAUUACCGAUGGUGGUAAAUAUACGACGAAUAGCGGAGUUCAUCAGGAUUUUACUCUGCCGAUGCAUUCUCCGAUACCUGGAUCCGAAUUGACGAAGGAACCGUUCAGAUGGGAUCAAAGAUUGUUUUCGUUAGUUCUAAGACUUUCCGGUACGCCAGCUAUUGAAAGGGAUACCGGUCUGGUAGCUAGUGACGCUUCUCCGAUAGAUGCCAUGUGCGAAGUUACAGGAGGUCGUUCUUACUGUAUAACGUCUCAUAGGAUGAUGAUGCAGUGCAUCGAUUCGUUGGUGCAAAAGGUUCAGUCCGGAGUAGUGAUUAAUUUUGAAAAAAUCGGACCGGAUCCUCCACCCUUGGUUAAUGAGACGCAACAUCAAGAAGAUGACGACAAUGAAGAUGAAAAUGGCGCGAUUAAUGGUCCUCGAGCCCAGUAUCCUCCAAAUCCAUUGGCACCUGGAAACACUGCCUGGCAUUCCUGCAGAAGAUUAAUUUAUGUUCCAAGAUCAGCCCAAAAGGGGUUUGCAGUUGGUUUUUGGCCGAUUCCUGAAAGCUUUUGGCCUGAUCUGAAUGCCAGUUCUCUACCACCGAGAUCAGCUCAUCCAAACGUCAAAUUCACUUGUACCGGUCAAGAACCGAUGGUGAUAGAAAAUCUGCCAUUUGAUAAAUAUGAAUUAGAGCCAAGCCCCCUUACGCAAUACAUUCUCGCGAGGAAGCAACCGACAAUAUGUUGGCAAGUGUUCGUCGCUAAUUCUUACAAAUCCAGUGAAGUAGGCCAUCCAUUUGGAUACUUAAAAGCAAGCACGAAUCUAACGUGCGUCAACCUAUUUGUUAUGCCGUACAAUUAUCCUGUGCUGCUGCCACUGCUGGAAGAACUUUUUAAAGUUCACAGGUUGAAGCCCACGAACGAAUGGAGGACUCAGUUUCAAAAUUACAUGAGGACAAUGCCUACGUACUAUGCUGCGUUUGUAUUUCAGGCACUGAAAAGGGCAUUAACGAGGAUGGGUGCGCCAACGCCACUCGCUCAAACGUUAAUUCCCGACAAUAUGGAAAAUUCGUUAUCGUACAGUGUACUGAAUUACUUGAAACGAUUAAAAAAUCAAGCAAAAAUUGAGUUUGAUCGGCUUUGCAAUGAAGUGAUUUCCAAGCAAGUAGCCAAUGCGAAUAUGAACAAAAAUUUAGGAAAUGGUUCUACGUCAACUGUGACCGAAGGCGUUCGAGUGAUUCCUAGAACGCCUUUAAAGAAAGAUUUGGUAUCUCAUCCGUUAUUGCAAGAUAAAUUUACGGGUCUGAGAGAUCAGCUCAAUGAAUUUGGAGGCUUUGUCGUUGGUUUAGUUCGAAACCAGCAGCAGCAACGAGGAGCACAUAGUUACCGUAAUGCCUUCGACGUCCCAAGAAAAUCUCUUUUAGAUCAAGUUGUCAGAAUGCGAGCCAAUUUCUUGCAACCAGGUUUAUUGCAUACAAAGCUCCUGGAUGACGAUUACGUUCAUUCUAUGCCUGUGGCACAGAUGGGUAAUUACCAGGAAUAUCUGAAACGAAUGACUCCUCCGUUGAGAGAAAUUGAAAGCGUUCCUGUCAGGCAACAUAUGUUUGGCAAUCCGUUCAAAAUUGAUAAAAGAAUGAUGGUGGAUGAAGCGGAUAUAGAUAUGGUUGGAGCAACGUCAUCCACAUCCAAAGGUGGCCUGAAGCGAACCUUGCCACCAUCGGACAGUGGAGGUCCUCCUGCUCCCAGGCCUCCCCCCAAUAAACGAAAACCAGGUCCAAUUCCUAAGGAUGUCAUAGUUCGAAGACCAUCGUAUUCUCCAACAAGUACGCCACCCAGUUCACCGAUCCCGUGGAUGGAUGAGAUCAAGAACCAAGUUGUACCAACAGCCGAUGCGAACGUUUCACCUAACUUGAGUAGUGUAUCGGGUGUAUCCAAUCCAGGCGGGUCAAACCAAACGGAAAAAUUAGUGAACGGACUCGCGGAAAUGCCUACGAUACCGGUUUUCGAACCGAUCCCAGUGGAACCUGUUAACAAUCACUCGGAUCUACCACCUACUUUAACGCCAAUAGUAGUAAAUAAUAUUGAAACUACCAAGAAUGAAGUAAAGAGCGAAAGGACGGACAAUGUUAAAUCCGAGUGUCAUAAACCACAGACUAUCAACGAUUGUGUUGAAAAUCAAAACAGUGUGAAAGUUGAGAGUGUGUCCGAUGAGCGGUUGACUAAUCACACCGAUGAAAAGCGACCGCCCAAGCUGGAAAAGGAACGACCUCUGUCCAAGAAGGAGUUGGAUGACAUCAGGAAACACAAUUUAUCUGUGAGAGAGCUUGUAUAUAAAGAGGUGCGGAGAAGAGGAACGAACUAUGCUACUCUCUUUUCGCAUUUGCACCAAAUUCAAGGUACCUUGGACAUACGGCUCGCAUUCGUACGAGACAUCGUGAAGGAAUCCUUAAGAUUUAAGAGACGUAAUUUAGCAACUCUUUUAGAAGAAUAUUUGAAAACCGUGCAAGAAGAUGGAUGGGUUUUGAAUCAUAAGGUGAAUCACAAUGGUGCCACAAAAAUAAGUUAAAAUAUUCGCUAUUCAAAAAGGGCAUUACCGAAAGUCAAAUAAUUUGCGCAGAUGAAAAGGCAUGCACUUAAAAUGCAAGAGAAGGAAAUGAAUUUCGACAGGCUGCUUCGAUCGUGAAGGUUAUGUUGUAAAAAACAAGAUAGUGAUAGAACACCCGAUAAGUUUGUGAAUAAUUGGCUUAGAAAAACGUCAACUUCAGAGAUUUUUAUACGAAUUAUCUAGUUUUCUACUUUGAGAGUGUUCGGUUGGUAGAAACUAUAUUCGGUAAUUCUUGGUAAUUUACAACUACGUAUUGACCAUUGUGACAAUAACCACGAAUCAUUUGACCACGAUUUAUUCACAUCAUGAGAAAAGUAUAAUCUUUCAGCGGACACUUGAAAGAGUCAUUUCUGGGAUUAUAGCUGACAUAAGGCACGUAUUAAAUGUUAUGAAAAAAAAACGAAAAGGUACCCAAAGGAACCUACAAUUCUACCAGCUGCACAUUCCAUAAGAUUCAUAUCAAAUCAAUAAAGAAAUAUCAUUAUUAAUCACAAAUUUCUAUCGAUCGUUGUACGUAGACUAAACCGCAUAAUUAUGUGAUUCAGAACAUUACACAUUAGGCGUAAACAUCUUAAGAUAUUGUAACUUAGCAAAAACGUUGACUAUGAUGUACAUUUUGUUAUAUACAUGUUUGUUGAUAUAACAAAAUUCAGAUUCUGUAAACAGGGAUUUUAGCAUCUGAAAGGUCAGCAAAGGAAAACAGGAAUGAAUAUUGCUCGAGUAGGGUCUUUAUUAAUAAAUGAAAACUAAAAUGCAUAUUUUCUGUUGAACAAAAGCAUUAUUGUAAGAAGUUACGUUCUGUAAUUUUUUAAAUUACUGCAUAUUUUACCAUGUAUUUUACUAAAUUAAAAUAUCUGGAAAAUAGAAACGUCUUGUUGCUAUCAACAUUUUUUACCAAAUUCAGUUUGACAGAUUCAUAAUGUAUCAUGUCACGAAAAUAAUUUGCGUGCGUUUUGGUACGUGUUUAUGCUAUAUGCACUAAGGUGCACUGUAGAUUAUUUUAAGGUUUAUUCAUAUCCAAGUAUACAGCACAGUCUAGAAUCGUGGUUUAAUUAAGUGAUGUUUCUAUAACACGUACACAAGUAUGCUACAAAAUACUAGUCCUCUGUGUGGAAAGCAAUGUGCCGCAAUUAUUGUUCCAUAUUUACCACUGACUACAGAUUGAGAUACGUAAAUAGUUCUUUCCAAUUUCCUUUGCUUAUCAACAUUGUAUCGUAAGCAAUUUAAUUAUAAUGUACCAUUUAUUUCAAACCUUAUAUUGUACAACUAAGAAAAUUGUUCUGAAAUUCCUGUUCGAUUUUUAACUUUGAGCAGAUUGCCUAUUCCCAGUAAAACAAGAGAAACACUUUAUAACUUUGACACAAUUAGAAAAUAUUUUUCACCACGUAAAAACCGGAGUCACAUCUGCCUUCUGUUGAUAGUACAGAAAACUUCUCUGUACCAUAAAAUAACGUCCAUAUUGCGACAUGAAUGGAUCAACAAAUGGAUUGAUAAAGUACAUAAUAAUAAGUAUGACGAAUGGUCGAAGGGUGAAGUGUCAAGAUCAAUUACCAUCUGCACCAAAUGGUUGUAGAGUUGUUCAGAUAUUAUGUAUAAUUAUGUACAUUCUGCUCCUUGUACACUAUGUAGCAAUUAUGUACAGCUGAUAAGUUUUUAUUUAUUAACCAGAGACGUUAAAUAUUUCCUAAAUUAUUUAACAAUGUCUGGGGCCCAGCUGAGUCCAUCGGACAAUGACGCUAUACGCUUAUUGGCUCCAAAUGACGUGAACAUUGAUGCGGAGAUUGAAGGAUAACACUAAGUGCGAUUCUGUAAUGUAUUAAUCGAUAGGAGAAAUGAACAUACUUCGACACAUCUAGUUAACACGAUGCCGUGUCACUCGAAUGUUCAUUUUUUGUUCACUCGCUGUGACAAAUUAGUGAGCACAGGUCCAACGGGUUGCGUCACCUCUCUAAGAGGAUAUUAAAAGACUGUAAAACUCCAAUCGGGUAUGAAACGCAUCGAAUAUCAAAGACAAGUGGUCCCUUUACCAUCUCGAAAACUUAUUAAAUUAUUUUUGAUCUACUUCGCUCGAAUGUACAUUGAUGUAAUAAGAGAAAGGGAAAAAAAGUUUAAUCACCUAUAUUUACCUACUUCAUUUCAAAUUUUAUUUGUAUCAAAACAAUUUUACCAUGGUUCAAGGAAAGUGUACUCGAUCGAACGAAUAUUAUUUUAAUCGGUGAGUCGUGUGACUCUAGGUUAUCAAUGAAACCACAGUCUUUGUAACGCCAAUAAUUUUUUACAUUCAGGAUUGUAACAUAGUAAAGAGUAUCAAAAUCCUCUGAGGUAUCUACGACAGUACAUAGAGUCCGUUGUCGUGUAAAUAACAAUGUAAAUAAAGAAUAUUGAUAAUUACUAUAAAUGAAAUUAAUGUGGAAAACUGUUCCAUUUUUACGUUUAUAUUUAAAAAGAAAAUGGUUGAUAAAUCUCGAGAAAGAGUAAUAAAAUGUAUCGAAUACAUACAAUACGCA